AGCAAGACCCUGUCUAUAAAAAUAACAUAAAACAAGAUGAGCCUGAUAAUAUCUACCUCUUGUCUUACGAGGACUAUGGGUUCAACACAUAUUAAGUAUUUCCAAAACCAUACAACUGAUAAUAAUUAGCAGCUAACAUUGUGAUGAGUAUAUACUUUGUACCAGAUACAGCACUAAGAAAUUUCCAAAUAUUAAUGACGGAGGGCCGCCGAUGUCAAGUACAUCUUCUUGAUGACAGGAAGCUGGAACUCCUAGUACAGCCCAAGCUGUUGGCCAAGGAGCUUCUUGACCUUGUGGCUUCUCACUUCAAUCUGAAGGAAAAGGAGUACUUUGGAAUAGCAUUCACAGAUGAAACGGGACACUUAAACUGGCUUCAACUAGAUCGAAGAGUAUUGGAACAUGACUUCCCUAAAAAGUCGGGACCUGUGGUUUUAUACUUUUGUGUCAGGUUCUAUAUUGAAAGCAUUUCAUACCUGAAGGAUAAUGCUACCAUUGAGCUUUUCUUUCUGAACGCGAAGUCCUGCAUCUACAAGGAGCUUAUUGACGUUGACAGUGAAGUGGUGUUUGAAUUAGCUUCCUAUAUUUUACAGGAGGCAAAGGGAGAUUUUUCUAGCAAUGAAGUUGUGAGGAGUGACUUGAAGAAGCUGCCAGCCCUUCCCACCCAAGCCCUGAAGGAGCACCCUUCCCUGGCCUACUGUGAAGACAGAGUUAUUGAGCACUACAAGAAACUGAACGGUCAGACAAGAGGUCAAGCAAUCGUGAAGUACAUGAGCAUCGUGGAGUCUCUCCCAACAUACGGAGUUCACUAUUACGCAGUGAAGGACAAGCAGGGCAUACCGUGGUGGCUGGGCCUGAGCUACAAAGGGAUCUUCCAGUAUGACUACCAUGAUAAAGUGAAGCCAAGAAAGAUAUUCCAAUGGAGACAGUUGGAAAACCUGUACUUCAGAGAAAAGAAGUUUUCCGUGGAAGUUCAUGACCCACGCAGGGCUUCAGUGACAAGGAGGACGUUUGGGCACAGCGGCAUUGCAGUGCACACGUGGUAUGCAUGUCCAGCAUUGAUCAAGUCCAUCUGGGCUAUGGCCAUAAGCCAACAUCAGUUCUAUCUGGACAGGAAGCAGAGUAAGUCCAAAAUCCAUGCGGCACGCAGCCUGAGUGAGAUCGCCAUCGACCUGACCGAGACGGGGACGCUGAAGACCUCGAAGCUGGCCAACAUGGGCAGCAAGGGGAAGAUCAUCAGCGGCAGCAGCGGCAGCCUGCUGUCUUCAGGUUCUCAGGAAUCAGAUAGCUCGCAGUCGGCCAAGAAGGACAUGCUGGCUGCCUUGAAGUCCAGGCAGGAAGCUCUGGAGGAAACCCUGCGUCAGAGGCUGGAGGAACUGAAGAAGCUGUGUCUCCGAGAAGCUGAGCUCACGGGCAAGCUGCCAGUUGAAUAUCCCCUGGAUCCAGGGGAGGAACCACCCAUUGUUCGGAGAAGAAUAGGAACAGCUUUCAAGCUGGAUGAACAGAAAAUCCUGCCCAAAGGAGAGGAAGCUGAGCUGGAACGCCUGGAACGAGAGUUUGCCAUUCAGUCCCAGAUUACAGAGGCUGCCCGCCGCCUAGCCAGUGAUCCCAACGUCAGCAAAAAACUGAAGAAACAAAGGAAAACCUCGUAUCUGAAUGCACUGAAGAAACUGCAAGAGAUUGAAAAUGCGAUCAAUGAGAACCGCAUCAAGUCUGGAAAGAAACCCACCCAGAGGGCUUCGCUGAUCAUAGACGAUGGAAACAUUGCCAGUGAAGACAGCUCCCUCUCAGAUGCCCUUGUUCUUGAGGAUGAAGACUGUCAGGUUACCAGCACAAUAUCCCCCCUACAUUCUCCUCACAAGGGACUCCCUCCUCGGCCACCAUCGCACAACAGGCCUCCUCCUCCCCAAUCCCUGGAGGGACUCCGACAGACGCACUGUCACCGCAGCGACUAUGACAGGUCUCCCAUCAAGCCCAAAAUGUGGAGUGAGUCUUCUUUAGAUGAACCCUAUGAGAAGGUCAAGAAGCGCUCCUCUCACAGCCAUUCCAGCAGCCACAAGCGCUUCCCCAGCACGGGAAGCUGUGCGGAAGCAGGCGGAGGAAGCAACUCCUUGCAGAACAGCCCCAUCCGCGGCCUCCCGCACUGGAACUCCCAGUCCAGCAUGCCGUCCACGCCAGACCUGCGGGUCCGGAGUCCCCACUACGUCCAUUCCACGAGGUCGGUGGACAUCAGCCCCACGCGACUGCACAGCCUUGCACUGCACUUUAGGCACCGGAGCUCCAGCCUGGAGUCCCAGGGCAAGCUCCUGGGCUCGGAGAACGACACCGGGAGCCCCGACUUCUACACCCCGCGGACUCGUAGCAGCAAUGGCUCGGACCCCAUGGACGACUGCUCGUCGUGCACCAGCCACUCGAGCUCGGAGCACUACUACCCGGCGCAGAUGAACGCCAACUACUCCACGCUGGCCGAGGACUCGCCGUCCAAGGCGCGCCAGCGGCAGAGGCAGCGACAGCGGGCGGCGGGCGCACUGGGCUCGGCCAGCUCGGGCAGCAUGCCCAACCUGGCGGCACGCGGGGGCGCGGGGGGCGCAGGGGGCGCUGGGGGCGGUGUGUACCUGCACAGCCAGAGCCAGCCCAGCUCGCAGUACCGCAUCAAGGAGUACCCGCUGUACAUCGAGGGCGGCGCCACGCCCGUGGUGGUGCGCAGCCUGGAGAGCGACCAGGAGGGCCACUACAGCGUCAAGGCUCAGUUCAAGACCUCCAACUCCUACACGGCGGGCGGCCUGUUCAAGGAGAGCUGGCGCGGCGGCGGCGGCGGCGACGAGGGCGACACGGGCCGCCUGACGCCGUCGCGAUCGCAGAUCCUGCGGACUCCGUCACUGGGCCGCGAGGGUGCCCACGACAAGGGCGCGGGCCGUGCUGCCGUCUCAGACGAGCUGCGCCAGUGGUACCAGCGUUCCACCGCCUCGCACAAGGAGCACAGCCGCCUGUCGCACACCAGCUCCACCUCCUCAGACAGCGGCUCGCAGUACAGCACCUCCUCCCAGAGCACCUUCGUGGCGCACAGCAGGGUCACCAGGAUGCCCCAGAUGUGCAAGGCCACGUCAGCUGCCUUACCUCAAAGCCAGAGAAGCUCGACACCGUCAAGUGAAAUUGGAGCCACUCCCCCAAGCAGCCCCCACCACAUCCUAACCUGGCAGACUGGAGAAGCAACAGAAAACUCACCCAUUCUGGAUGGGUCUGAGUCUCCACCUCACCAAAGUACUGAUGAAUAGAGGAGCUACAAUGAUAGCUGUUUCCUGGAUUCCUCCCUCUAUCCAGAACUAGCUGAUGUCCAGUGGUACGGGCAGGAAAAAGCCAAGCCCGGGACCCUCGUGUGAGCCAGCCCGGCCUAAUCUGACCGCCUCAACGCCAUUCUGAGAUCACCUCACUGCCUCUCAUUUGCCUUACCCAGACGCAC